CUAACAGCAGGAGCUCCACCCCAACGCCCACCAUGUCUAGGCCGACCGUCACCAUCAUCUCCGCCAAUGGAGAGGCCUCCAAAGAUACCGCGCCGAUUCCCAAUGUCUUCAAGGCAAGUCUCACGAUAGUUCUUCGACGCAGCUCUCCAUCCUCGAAUCGCACACUCCGCCUCGACGUCCGACAACUCCCCGCAUAGCUGAGAAGAUGGAUUGGAAGUGUUUCUGAGCAAUAGGGCUCCCUGGGUUUCAAUUUCUCAAGGCCUACGAAACAGGAUUCUCGGACAAGCGUGGGAGUGGAUGUCGCGGAGGCUUGCACAUCUCCACAUGUUAUCUCCAGUCAUUCUACAAUUUCCUUACCCUCACUGAGGUCCUUCAGUUGCGAAAGAUUUAAUCCACCCAGCUGUGAGACUUCUUCAGCAUGCUAACAUCCUCCAGAGCCCCAUCCGCCCGGAUAUCGUUCAUACGGUCCACACUGGCAUGAACAAGAACCGCCGACAGCCCUACGCCGUCUCGGAGAAGGCUGGUCACCAAACUUCGGCCGAGUCCUGGGGAACUGGUCGUGCCGUUGCCCGUAUUCCGCGUGUCUCUGGAGGCGGUACCCACCGUGCUGGUCAGGCUGCUUUCGGUAACAUGUGCCGGUCUGGUCGCAUGUUCGCUCCCACCAAGGUCUGGCGAAAGUGGCACCAGAAGAUCAACCUCAACCAGAAGCGCUUCGCCACUGCUUCCGCGCUUGCUGCCUCCUCCAGCGCUGCGCUCCUCCUUGCCCGCGGUCACAACAUCUCCACCGUUCCGGAAGUCCCGCUCGUCAUCUCCUCUACCGCUUUCGCUGACGGUGCUAUCCGCAAGACCUCUGCUGCCGUCGCGCUGUUGAAGGCCGUCGGAGCUGGAUCGGAUAUCGAGAAGGUCAAGAAGUCGCGCAAGCUGCGUGCUGGAAAGGGCAAGAUGCGAGGCCGCCGUCACAAGCAGCGCCGCGGUCCUCUCGUCAUCUACAACCCGGAGGAGGAUGGCAAGGAGCUUGUCCUUGCUUUCCGCAACAUCCCGGGCGUCGAGACCUCGUCUGUGUACUCGCUCAACCUUCUCCAGCUCGCUCCCGGUGGUCACCUUGGCCGCUUCAUCGUCUGGACGUCGGCGGCUUUCUCUGCUCUCGACAAGAUCUACGGCUCAACCACCGAGCCCUCGGCGCUGAAGAAGGACUUCCUCCUCCCCUCAACCAUCAUGAAGCAACCCGACCUCAGCAAGCUCAUCAACUCGAGCGACAUCCAGAAGGUUCUCCGACCUGUCCGCGGUGGCGCCAUUAGCAAGCGCACCCACGUGCAGAAGAAGAACCCGCUCCGCAACUUCCAGGUGCAGCUCCGCCUCAACCCGUACGCCAAGGCUUUCUCUGAGAAGAAGCUGGGCCAGGUGAAGGCCGAGAAUGCUGCGGGCAAGGAGCGCGCUGGCGAGAGCUUCCGGGAGCUGCUUGAUGAGAACUAAGUGUUUCGGAGGGCUUUCUUACGGGUCUUUUCUUCACGAUUCAGGUGUAGUGGGUG